AUCAAAGAUUAUUUUAGGACCAUUGAAGGAUUUCUUUGCCAACUUCUAGCCACGUUCUACAUUUCUCGUGACACCAAAGCCUAUUCAGACCAGUUUAUUUGGAUGUAAAUUAGCGAAACAGAUUCACCAAUCAGCGAAGAGGAAACUACAAGAUUUGAACAGUAACUAAUCCAACACAAAGACAUAACUCUGUUCUGUUUACUUUAUAUUACUAACGAUGUGGUCAGGGGCACAUCAGGUAUUCGCGGCAAAAUUCAUUUCAAUAUGGCGUAUUUCGAAAAUUCAAAUUGGUCUUCAACCUUGAUAAAUAUAAGGUUGUUAUUGAUUGCGUUCUUUUUCAAUUGUAAUAUGGUCGUAUUAGCUGAUUAUUCGGAGAUAAUUACUGACAAUGAAAUUUUGGAAGAAAUUUCAUUUCUAUCAGAAUAUUCUAAUUUUGAUUAUGACAAUCCACAGUCGAACCAUGACAAGGAUAUAGGUCCUGAACAAAUCUUCGGUAUCGCCUUGACUGCUGUUAUGGUACCAUUUAUUCUGAUCAGUAAUAUAUUGGUCAUAUUGUCGGUGAAAAGAUUCAAACGUUUACAAAUUCCAACAAAUUAUUUUCUCGUUUCACUGUCCGCUGCGGACAUAUUCAUUGGUCUAAUCAUACCAUUUUUCAUGGCUGUCGAAGUCUUGAAGAAUGAAAUUCCAAAUAUUUACGUGUGUUUAGCACCAAGUAGAGUCUUGGUUAUGGUGUGUGGAGUGUCUAUUUUAACUCUAGCAAUCAUCGCGUACGACAGAUACUCGGCUCUUCUGUAUCCCCUCGAAUAUGUCAAUAUUAUGACAGAAGGCAAAGUAGCGUUUCUGGUGUUCCUAUCCUGGGUAUAUUCGGCUGUCAUUUCUUGGUUGCCCUUAUUUUUACGCUGGCAUGAUGGUUUAGACAAGUUUAGUGUUUGUUCAUUUAAUCUUUUAUACAGUACUGCGCACGUUUUGUUUUUAAGUGUGGUGUUUGGUCCUGCAUGCUUUGUUAUAUUUUACUGCUAUUCACGAAUUUACACCGUUGCCAAACAUCACGCACGUGCCAUCGCAGCUGUUGAACAAUCAGUACGACACAACCUAGAAAUGAGGUACAUUGUUAAAGACACGAAAUGUGCUAAAACUUUAGGACUGGUGAUAGGUGUAUUUCUUUGCUUGUGGUUGCCUUACCUAGCUUUAUUAGUCAUUGACAUAUGUGUUGAGCAGCAAAUGAAUGAGUGGUUGAGAAACUAUCUGGCUUUGCUAGCCUUUCUGAAUAGUGGUUUGAAUCCUUGGGUGUAUGCCUUUAAGAAUAGUGAAUUUAGAGCAGCUUUCAAAAAGAUUAUAAGACAAAGUUGUUUUUAUAGAAGUUGUGUGCCGUCUGAACGACGUUCCAGUACUGGAUCGGAGACGAGUAUAUUUCAGGAAUCCAGCCAUGAUUUAUCAAGAACCAACAGU